AUGGCGUCGCUUCUUCUCGGAGCUCCUCCGCGAGUCACCGUCGCAUUAUCUUCUCCACGGUUAUCAUCAUCUCACUCGGAAACUGUCGGUGUCUCUCUCUCUUGCUUCACUCAGCAAUUCUCUCUCUCCGCUUCGUCUUCAAGCUCAAUUCCACUCGUGUACUGUGGGCGAGGUGACCGCAAAACAGCGAAGGGAAAGCGAUUCAAUCACUCGUUCGGGAAUGCGAGGCCAAGAAAUAAGAAUAAGGGAAGAGGACCGGAGAGAGUACCGGUUCCUCCUGCACCUCCGAGGAAGGAUAAGUUUGAGAACGACGAGAAGAUCAAAAUCGACAUCGACGAGUCUCUCUUCUCUAAUUAG